AUGGCCGAUGAACAGACGCCGUUGCUCGAUGUCGAGGCGCACACACCGAGGCAAAAGUCCGUGUCGGCCGUUAUCGGAGUGCUUUUGAUCGGGGUUUUCAUCGCCAAUGCCGAGGGCUCGCUGGUACUAGCAACAAACAGUCAGAUAGCUUCUGAUUUGGGCCGCCUUGAAGAUGCUAGUUGGCUGGUAACCAGCUACAUCCUAGCCAUGACUGCCGCGCAGCCAUUGUAUGGAAAGCUAAGUGAUAUUUUUGGUCGAUCCAGUUUAUUGAUCGUGGGGUAUUCCUUCUUUUCGCUGGGAUGUUUGAUCUGCGGCCUCGCACCAUCGCUCCCCAUCGCUAUUCUCGGCCGCGCCAUUUCGGGUAUUGGUGGUGCCGGAAUGGGCUCACUAGUCUCGAUUUGCAUCACUGACCUGGUUCCUAAACGCGACAUUGCCCCCUGGCGAAGCUAUGUCAAUGUCGUCGCGACGGUCAGCCGCAGCCUGGGCGGCCCUGUCGGUGGAUAUUUGGCUGACACUGUCGGCUGGCGAUGGACCUUCUUAGGCCAAUGUCCUCCCACCCUGUUGGCCAUAAUCUUGACUGCGCGCCUUGUUCCGAGCACCUCCACCAACAAGGAUGCAGAUUCGACAGAGUACUCGACUGCACUCGCCCGUUUUUCCCGCAUCGACUGGGCCGGGGCGCUCUGCAUGGUCGUGGCCAUCGUUUCGCUGCUGCUGCCACUCGAGAUGGCUGGGCCACGACUGCCUUGGACCCAUCCAUUUAUCUUGGGCUGUCUGGUUCUGAGCGCGGUGACUAUUUACCUGUUUGUCGUUGUGGAGCUGCGCUGGGCCACUGAGCCUAUCUUUCCGCUGCGUGUGCUGCGCUCGCGCACCAUCGUGCUGGCGUAUCUGAUCACUUUUUUUCAGACAUCAGCCCAGCUAGGAAUGAUGUAUAGCGUGCCUCUUUUCUUUCAGCUGGUUGACAAUGCCUCUGCAUCAGUCGCAGGAGCCCAUCUAUUUCCUGCCAUUGCGGGCGUUGCGGUGGCAGGUCUUAUAGGUGGGCACGCAAUUAGACGUGGUCUCGGCAAUGGGCUCGUCCAGGCGGCCGGUUUUAUUGCAUUGACAUCCAGCAUUUCCACGGCAGACAUGGCUGUCGCCUCAUCUGCAUACUAUCUGAGCUCCAACAUCGGUACCGUCUUCGGCAUGGCCGCCACAAAUGCCAUCUUCCAGACCACUCUGCGGGAGGAUCUGGAGCAGCGACUGGCAGGUUACGAGGCGAGAGAAAAGAUCAUUGACGCCGUCCUGUCAAAUAUCGACUACAUUCGCCGAUUAACGGGACCACUGCGCAAAACGAUCGUCAAAGCAUGUGUGAAAGGUCUGGAAUACGGACACAUGCUUCAACUUGGCCUUGCUGUGGCAGCGUUCAUAUGUGUUCUGUUUCUGCGGGAGCAAAAGCUAGAGGAUGAAGAAAGCGAAGAGGGCGAAGAUCUUUAA